CUAAACCUUUUCCGAUUUCCCAAGGCCAAAAUAGAUCAGAGAAUCCGCCGCUGUCCAAAAUAGGAGCCACCGGGUAACUAGGGACGUAUUUCCGGAUUCCAAUUCCUCGUCCCCUCUCUCUAUCGAGUAUCGGCUGCAGGAGUUCCGGCAAACCAGCAAUCAAUUCGCCCAGUCCUCCUCCUUUAGUUCCUCGUCGGUGGAGUCAGGACCCAGCAGGCCAGCACAACAGCAAUCCCGACGGCAGUGCUCUGCCGUAGCCACUAGCGCGUAUAUAUUAAAGUCCAAUUGCUUUUGGCAACCUUGGAGAAGAGAAUUGAGACUAGGAGAGAAGAAGAAAGGUGGUCAAGGCAGAUCGGAGUUAGGAGACCAAUCUGGAAAUUCAACUGCUCCUUCAGUCCAUCGACUGAUUUCUUUUUUCCGCUCCUUCUUUCCCAUAUCAAAUACAGAAGCGUCAGAUCUUCAGUCCAUCGGCUAUUGUAUCUCCUUCGCAUCCCGCCGUCUCUCUUCGCACAAGGUUGUGGUGCAACUAUUUGCCUAAGGAUUUGCUGGCCAAGGACUCUUUUGCAUCUGUGGAGGUUAUAUUGGGUUAGCUUGGGUUAGCUUGAUUUGAUCAGAUUGAGAAAGAAGACUAACGAGCCAUGGGUGAAAGAAAGGUUUUGAACAAAUAUUAUCCGCCGGAUUUUGAUCCGGCAAAGAUUCCGCGCAGGAAGCAGCCAAAGAAUCAGCAGAUGACGGUUAGAAUGAUGCUCCCAAUGAGCGUUAGGUGCAGUACUUGUGGGAAUUACAUAUACAAGGGCACCAAAUUCAACUCACGCAAAGAAGACGCCGUUGGCGAGAACUAUUUGGGCAUACAAAUAUUCAGGUUCUACUUCAAGUGCACAAAGUGCUCUGCCGAAAUUGCGUACAAGACAGACCCAAAGAAUUCUGAUUAUGUGGUUGAGUCAGGUGCAACGAGAAAUUUCGAACCUUGGCGCGGCCAGGAUGAGGAAAUUGAGAAAGAGAAACACAAGAGGGAGGCCGAAGAGAUGGGCGACGCGAUGAAGUCAUUGGAAAAUAGGACCUUGGAUUCGAAGAGAGAGAUGGAUAUUCUUGCUGCUUUGGAUGAAAUGAAAUCAAUGAAGUCUAGACAUGCUACUGUGAGUGUGGAUGCAAUGCUUGAGGCACUGAGACACUCUACUGAGGAAAAGGAGAGGAAAAUGAUGGAAGAAGAGGAAGCUCUUAUUAAAUCCUUAUUCAAAGGGGAGCGAGAGAAGUUCAUAAAAAGAAUCCGUGAAGAAGAAGAUGAUGAUGAUGACGACGAUGACGAUUUAGAUAUAGUUGCAAAUACAAGUGGAGAAUCAUCAAGCAAUUUUUUUAAGAGGAGAAAGCUGUCUGAACUUGAAAGUAGCCCUACAGAUGUCCUUGCAAAGCCCAAUGCCUCCUCUGACGCCUCCUCCAUUGACAAAGACAAAGCAAUGAGGAAAGCGGAUCAAAGUAAUGAGAAAGUCAUUUUCAAAUCAUCAUCAAUCAAAGUGGCUGUUGUGAAGAAGCAAUAUUUGGAUAGUAGCACGAAGAACAGUGUCGGAGAAAAGAAGCAGGAGGUCACAGUGACCACCAAUACCAAUCCAGAGGAUGAGAAGCAGAAGGAAGACGAGCCCGCGAGCUUGAAAAGCAAUGGAUUACUGUCAUUGUGCCAACAGUAUGAAAGUGACGAUGAUGAUUAGUAGUCGUUAGUACAAGUUAAAAUAACCUCCAAACUUGUGUUUGAGUCCGUUUUGGGUGUUUUUUCGAUUCGAUGAGUCUGAUGGUAUAAGCUUUCUUGUUCACUUGGAGUCUUAUUUCAUAUGGUAAGUUGUUUUGUAUGAAAAGUUUAAGCAGAAAUAGCUUGAGUAUUUUUCUGAACUUAAAACAAGUAAUGCUCUCUUUUUGAGAAUGACAUUUACUUCUACUACUCAUUAUUGUCACGGCAUUGCCUAGGCUG